AUGAGGAAAACAACGAUUAUUAGCGGAAAUGGCAAGGAUGGUGUUGAUGGGAAGUCGAAAAUGAGAAAUGAGGUUCUUCCAUCGGGUAGAUGGCCUGAUCAUGCUCAGUUACUGUUUCAGAAUCACCACAACUUCAAAGAGAGUGGGAAACCAUUGAGGUUCAAGAUGUAUAAGGAUGGAUCGUGGAUGGAUUUCGAGAAACAUGUAAUGGAUGUGCUCAUUUCAGCUUUUGUGAGUAGAAAGGGUAUGAUUGAGGUAGAAAUUAAAUCUGGAUUUAAAUUAAUUAUUGAUUUUUACCGCAUGUUUGGAAUAGAUUUGGACAAUGGGAACGAACUGCCAAUCUCUUGGAUUGAUGUAAAUGGAAACUAUUUUAUCCCUAAAAUGUUCAUUGAGGAUUCAGAAAAAGGAAUGAGGAAGAGAGGAAUCGAAGUAGGCAGUUCAUCGCGGCUUGUUAUCACUACCCCUACUGAAUUGGUUCAACCAAAGUGGGCUAGGACAAGGUCAAUGAGGGAAGAUGAGUACGCCUAUCAGACGGUAAAGGGUUACCUGCUGUCGUCUCGUUCGGGUGUUACAAUAACUGCCAUUCAUGAGUGUAUUAAAAGCGGUCUUAUGGAACAAGUUUUUAUAGACAAUGUGGAGAUGGUAACGAGGGACAGAGGGAACCCUAAAGUUGUACUUGCUUGGUAUGGGUCAUCGUCCAGGAAUUUGAACUCCAUAAUGCAUCGUGGAUUUGAAUUAACAAGAAUUGAACCCGGUCAUCGCGGUAUUGGUAUACACUUGUCGCCUUUACAGUCACCUCAAAUAAGUGAAAUGAUGUCUGAUGUUGAUGAAAAUGGUGAAAAACAUAUGAUGUUAUGUCGAGUCAUAUUGGGAAAUCUUGAAAAGGUUGAGCUCGGAUCUAAGCAGUUGUUUCGAUCGAGUGUGGAUUUUGAUACCGGGGUUGAUGACUUGAUCAAUCCAAAGUUGUAUGUGAUGUGGUAUCACAAUAUGAACACUCACAUUCUACCCGAAUGUAUAGUCAGUUAUAAACUUGAUCGUCAUAUGCCAGGUCAGCAGAACUGUGGUGCUCAUACUGACGAUCGAUGGUGUAGAUUACUAUUCAAGCUACCUAAUUUGCUUCCACUAACAAAAAAACUGGAGUUGAAAAGUUUGCAUACCUCCUAUGAGGUGGGCAAAGUAGUAGCGCAGGAACAUUUCAUAAGCAAGAUACAAGCUAUUGUUCAAGAUGAUCAAUUGAUGCGUCCGAUUAUGUUGGAAUUCUUUCCUGAGAUGAGGUUCUGUUAA